UCUUAUCUGUUUUAUUUGAAUAUUUGUGCAGGUAUUGGGGUUCUUAGCAUUCACCAUGUAGGAUUGCUGUGUGAAAAUCUUGAACAGUCACUUGAAUUCUAUCAAAACCUUCUGGGUCUUAAGAUAAAUGAAGCAAGGCCACAUGAUAAGCUACCCUAUAGAGGUGCUUGGCUGUGGGUGGGUUCUGAAAUGAUUCAUUUGAUGGAGCUUCCGAAUCCUGAUCCCUUAACAGGCCGUCCUGAGCAUGGGGGCCGAGAUCGUCAUGCUUGUAUUGCAAUUCGAGAUGUGUCAAAGCUGAAAGCCAUUUUUGAUGAAGCUGGAGUACCUUACACUCUCAGCCGGUCUGGGAGGCCUGCAAUCUUUGCACGAGAUCCAGAUGGAAAUGCACUGGAAUUCACACAAGUUGAUAGCUAAUUAUUUCUUUAACACGUCAAGCAUAACCAUGUAAUGAUGUAAUAUAACUUGUCUUUUUCUUUUUUUCUUUUGUUUUUCAGUUUUAUUUCGAUCUGAUAUGUAAGUGGCCUGAAUAUGCAAAAGCAUAUUAUUCAUGUAAUGGCAAACUGGUUUCUAUAUGGAAACAGAGGUAUAAGAAAGCCAAGGAUUACCAAGGUUUAUAGUCAUGUUAAA